AUGGAACUAAUUUUUGUGAGGGUCUCUUCAAAAGGGAACAGGAUUCCAGUUGAAGGGGAGUGCAGAGGGGUUCAAAGUUUAAAUGAGUCCAGUAAGGAAUUUGGUAAUUUUGCCAAUUUCUUGCCUACUUUACUAGCUUUGACUCAAAUGAUAUUUAGAGGGAAAGAGUUGGUUGGAUUACUCAUUCAAAUUUUACACUACGAAUAUAAUAGAAAACAAGAUUAAUCUGAGAAAAAUAUGAUCAUUUUUUCUAAAUUUAUCUGCUAAUUUUUAUUCGAUUUAUGGAUAGAAAGGAAGUCAAUAAUUUAAUUUAAACAAAUUAAGAGUCGAUGGCAUCAUCAUAGCAGAUGGACAGUAGAUCCGGUUCAUAGGUUUAAAAUGUUUCAAAGGAAUCCUCGAGUGAUUUAAAAAAUACUUAAGGCCACAAAAUAGAAAAACAGAAGGGGAAAAAGUACAUGAAGAUCAGAUUGAACACAAAGCAACAACUAUAUACUAUGGUGCAAAGAUAGGGGAUGAAAAUUAAGGAUGUACAUAAUAAAGAUUAAUGAGAUGAUUAGGCUGCUCAAAGGUUAGGUAUCAAAUACGCAACGGCAAAGACCAUAAUAUUUCACCAGAGAUAGAAGAGGAAGGCGAAAAGGAAAUGUGGGGAGCGAAUGUGUGGAUAUACUGAAAUAGUUGGAAAUAGAGUUUCGCGAUUGAAAAUAAUCUGCAUAAUUGCCAACUAGAUUGUGCAUUCAUAGGAUUACAAUUAAUGA